AUGUCCGACAAACCUACUCUGCAAUUCUUACCCGGAGAAAUCCUCCAUAUCAUACAUUCCUUCCUCUCCGCUGGUUCCAAAUUAACCUUCUCCUUGACCUGCAAACGUUUCUAUAACAGCUUCUUCGAAAACGUUCCUCAAUCCUACCUCUCAGACCCCGUCAAGCGCCAGGAAUUCCAGCAGGUCGUUCAAAACUCGGCUGUAAUAGAUGAUCUGAAGGUUUACGAAUUUAUGCUUGCCCGCGAACUCUGCGGAUUCAAAUCCGGCCCCAAACUAUGUUGCAGCGCGUGCAGCUCCACCCAUCUCCCGCUCUUCUUCCACCCCCGCGACCUUGCCAAACACUCCAAUGAGCGCGUUUGCCUCAAACACAUCAAGGGCCUCUGGAUAGAACCGGGUAAAUGCUUCAGUUUCGCGGAUCUGCAUCUGUCCUGCGGCCCGAUAGACAUGCUCUACAAGGUGCAGACUCCCCGCUGUUCAGCGUUGAGCCUGGACGACAGAUACGUAUACAGGUAUCUACUGUGGACGCAUUACGAUAUCCUAACCUUGCCCAGGGAUGAACGUGCGUCCAAAGAACAGAUAGCAAAGAUCCUUGAUGGCUUCGACCUCCCCACUUGUCCGCAUUUGCGCCUCAGUGACCCCAUGAUCAUAGAUCUCUGCGACAUCCCGCUCAACACAGUCGAGGAACCACUCAACCAGGAAUGCCCACCAAUCUUCGACCCAACCGAUAUCCGCGCAAAAUGCACGUUCCCAUGCUGCCUCACUUCGGUUUGCUGGACCACGCACACCAGCGUUAAGGACCCGCAGUGGAAAACUAUCUACCUCCAUGUCCUCCGCAAGAUUCGAAUUAAUACCGCCAUAGACCGCGUGUGGUUGGCGCAGUUGAUGCGCCCAAAUGAUGCCCUCUUGAGACGGCACUGGGACGAUUGUUUCAGAUGGAAAUCGCAUAUGCUUGCGAUCGAGAGGGAGAGAUAUGAGAACGAGGCUAAGGAAGGUGCUGACGGUGGCGGUGGUGGUGAGUAUGGUACCCGUGCCUACAGUGAAGCAUACCUUGCUCGAGAAACCCUACUCCGCCAGCGCGAGGAUGUCGUCAACCGCCUAUUCCACCCACGCCGUCCACGUAACGGCCAGGGUCUCGUACGUGGGCUGGAGGGUCAAAUCAAAAACAUUUCUCCGAACCCGAUAAAUAAUAUACCUAUGGCCAGAGUCAAUGGUGACAACGAGCCAGAGAUACCCAGCCAAAUUACGAGCAAUCAACGCCCCUGGACGCCCCCGGCCUCACCGCUGAUAACGAGCGAAAUGUGCCGUGAUAUAUUCAUACAGAAUCCUUCUCUUCCAGAGUCCGCCACAUCCCUUUCAGAUAUGCGAUAUUCAGAGGGCGAGCUCUUCACACCGUUAUUCAAUGCAGACGAAUUUCAGCGAUAUGGCAAACGGGGACCCCAGGCUGUCACUGCUGAGGAACGUAGGAAGCAUUUGUCAUGGCUUGGACGGCUGUUUACCUUCAGCAUCUGGUAA